AAUUAAAAAUUCGCGAUGACAGGAUUUGUGAUACGUUUUUUACAGUGAAAAUAAUUUAGUUGUAAAUAAUAAUAAACUGAUAAACUGUAACAUAAAUUGGUCAUGAAAUCGUUUUGUGAGAGAUGAGUGUCUUUGGAGAUUUUCAGCGUGUCUGGGUGCAACGUUUUCCUGAUAGUGCUUUGCCAGCCGCUUGGGAGGAAGAUGUCAGAGCCAAUUUGGCUAAACACAAACAGAAAGUGGCUAUACUUAGAGAAGAAUUGGAGAAGGAAGAAUUCUACGUGGAAUACCUAGAAACAUUGUUGUCAGAUGUUGAAAAACAUAAAGCUGCAGCUCAAGGAAACAGAGGGGCUCCGCCCUCGGGAGCUGACGUGAUCGAACCUGAUGAUAAGACUUCAGAUAGCAAACAGGGUUCAAAUACGGACUCACUGUCGAAGAAAAGUGAAGUCAGUAUUGAUAGCAGUAAUAAGAGUGAUGACUCAACAGCUGAAACAGCUGAAUGUGAAGAUGUGCAGCUAAGAACGAAACCGGUCAGCGUGGGUGAGAGAAGCUCAGUGAACCAAUGUAUCAAUGAGCUCUCAUCAAAUCUUGCUGCUGAGGCAGCUCGUCGAAGAUGUAACAGUGAAGUGGUUCAGAGAACGGAGAGUAAUCGAGAUAUUAGUGCAGUAGGAAAAUCGAGUCCAACACAAGCCAAAAACCGUCCAGCGUCACAAGCGGGUGAUUUUGUAACUGUCAUCGAAGUAAAUGGUCUGAAAUUAGCAGAAAAUGCAGCUAAAAAGGCAGAAGAGUCACCGCAGUCUUCUGAAAGUAGCCCUGUUGAUCCAACAGCUAUUGCCAAGAAAAAAGUCCCACCAAAACCUCCACCAAAAGUGUUCAGUAAGCGCGGCGCUUCUCUGCCGGAGUCGGGGCUCGUCGACGACAGCCCGCCGUCCUCGCUCGGGAGGAGGAUCCGCAACGCCGAGUCCCGGGAGUCCAUCGCUAGUCGGGCUUCCACUCCCUCCAUCAGCGAAAGGGUGAAAAGCUAUGAGUCAAUCAACUCCCUAUCCUCCGAACGCAAGCGUUCCGGCGGCGCCGCGACCCCUCGCUCCAUAGACGAGGAGGUGACGUCGACCACGCCCGACCUGCCCGAGGGCGACAAGUCAGCGCCCAUCUCGUUGGAGAGCAUCCCCGCCGCAGUCCCGCUGGCCGAAGACGAGCCGUAUUACGACCAAGUGCCCGUGGAUAUCAAUGACGGCGAAUAUGUUUACAUUCAAGCAGACGAGGAGGUGACGUCGACCACGCCCGACCUGCCCGAGGGCGACAAGUCAGCGCCCAUCUCGUUAGAGAGCAUCCCCGCCGCAGUCCCGCUGGCCGAAGACGAGCCGUAUUACGACCAAGUGCCCGUGGAUAUCAAUGACGGCGAAUAUGUUUACAUUCAAGCAGACGAGGAGGUGACGUCGACCACGCCCGACCUGCCCGAGGGCGACAAGUCAGCGCCCAUCUCGUUAGAGAGCAUCCCCGCCGCAGUCCCGCUGGCCGAAGACGAGCCGUAUUACGACCAAGUGCCCGUGGAUAUCAAUGACGGCGAAUAUGUUUACAUUCAAGCAGACGAGGAGGUGACGUCGACCACGCCCGACCUGCCCGAGGGCGACAAGUCAGCGCCCAUCUCGUUAGAGAGCAUCCCCGCCGCAGUCCCGCUGGCCGAAGACGAGCCGUAUUACGACCAAGUGCCCGUGGAUAUCAAUGACGGCGAAUAUGUUUACAUUCAAGCAGACGAGGAGGUGACGUCGACCACGCCCGACCUGCCCGAGGGCGACAAGUCAGCGCCCAUCUCGUUAGAGAGCAUCCCCGCCGCAGUCCCGCUGGCCGAAGACGAGCCGUAUUACGACCAAGUGCCCGUGGAUAUCAAUGACGGCGAAUAUGUUUACAUUCAAGCAGGUGGAACCGGGUCGAGUGCAGAAGACGCGUCAAGCGGCACCAGUACCCUGCCUUUGAGCGCCACGCCAUCUGCGCCCACGGCGCCGCGUGCGCCUGAAUCCCCGCCUUGUGCCGUCGCGCCCAACUACGUCAACAUACACUACUUUAUACAGCAAGCGGGUGAAGGCCAAGAGCCAAGCGAAGCAGGGUCGGAACUGGCAGACUCCAGCGACACUCCACUGCUGCUGAGAACCAUCUCCUCCGACACGGAAGCCAGCGCCACACCGCCGGCUCUGAGAAAACUGCAGCACCAGAGACUAGCUGACCCGGCGAACUUCGUACCGCCUUAG